UUACCAAGCGAUCAGUCGGUUCUCGUCCUUGCCGGAUGACACCGGUCGACACGCGGGCGUUCGACCGAAACUUAAUCGUAAGUUUUGCGCGCCACCGCGAGUCGGCGCCACGCACGAGACUCCUUUUUCUCCGCGGAUACGUGGAGAAACAUGCAGCUCAUGAGAUGGAGCAUCACGCGCCGCCUCGAGUGCAGGGGGAUCAAGCAGGGGACAUCCAGGCUGUCGUGCCCCCGAUUUUCCGGAGAGGAAAAUGACUUUACGUCGGAUGGAGAAGAGAGUGGCGGUGCAGGAGCUGGCGGAGACGAAGCCGUGGACCUCACGGCUGCCAGGUCUCAUCAAGGUGACGAGGAUGACAAGGAUCAGGAAGACGUUUUGGAGGAGGAUGAGGAGGAAGGGGUGGACGAGCAGGACGAUCAAGAGGACGACGAGGAAGGAUCGAGGAAGCAAAUGCAUCACAGGCAGGAUGCUGAGAACAACAAUAAUUUCGUGGAAGGUGGGACACCGGCCAGCUUAUUCCCACCGGCUGGAACUAGUCACGUCACCUUGGAAGCCCUUCAGAACACGAAAGUGGCGGUUGCUCAGUUCGCAGCGACAGCGUUGGCCGGUGGCGCGGACACCGAGGCUGCUCUCCAAGAUUUGGCGUUGCUGCAAAGCACCCUGUACACCUUGCAGCAUCAACAAGUGUUCCAGUUGCAGUUGAUCAGUCAACUCCAGCAACAACUCUCCAUAACGCAUAAUCAAACGGUGCAACAGCAACCGCCGGGCGAGCCGCCGGACAGCAAAGAAAUAUCACCGUCACCGAUCAUUCAGCCCAAACCUUUGUCGAGCCUUACUUCGCCUCCCUCGUCGCGUCCGCCGAGCCAUCAGCAAACCUCGCCAGCUCCGAUGACGCCCAACCUCGCCCAGGAACGGCCCACACCGACCAGCAGCGCGUCCCCGUUGAAUCUUCCCCUGGCUUCGACGAACGCGACAGGCACGACCGCGACCACCAGCACCAGCAGCCAGGUGCCUAUGUCUCAUCAGAUUCCGCCUCUCUGCUCGAUCAGUUCUUCCUUAGCUUCGUCGAUAAUAACCAACACCGAUCCCCCACCGUUGCACGAGCCGAACACCCUGGAGAUGCUGCAGAAGAGAGCCCAGGAAGUUCUGGACAACGCCAGCCAAGGACUGCUGGCGAACAACCUGGCCGACGAGUUGGCGUUCAGGGGAGGGAAAGGCUCCCGCCUCUCCCCGUACGACUCAAAGUCCGGAAGCGGUCGCGGGGAGCCGUUCUUCAAGCAUCGUUGCCGGUAUUGCGGCAAGGUGUUCGGCAGCGACUCGGCGCUUCAGAUCCACAUACGAUCGCACACAGGUGAGCGACCCUUUAAAUGCAACGUCUGCGGCAGCCGCUUCACCACGAAAGGGAACCUCAAGGUCCACUUCCAGAGGCAUACGGCCAAGUUUCCACAUGUUAAGAUGAACCCGAAUCCCGUUCCGGAACACCUGGACAAGUACCAUCCACCCCUGCUACAGCAAAUCGCCUCUGGUCAGAGACCGAUGCCGUCCCCGCCACCGCCACCGCCCUCUCACCAUCCCACCUUCCACCCGGCGGCGGCCCACGGUUUUUUACCCCCCCAACCUCCCCUGCCGCUCAGCCUAGCCCUUCCCGGUAUGCCACCCCUGUACAGAUCGCCGGUUGUUGCUCAUCGAGACGAUCAGGACGUGCCGGAGAACUUGAGUAAACCCGUUACCACUGCCCCGACCACGUCCCCACAUUCCCCCGCGGUUGUGUCCAACUCUCGUCAUUCCUUUCACGACAAUCACCUCCACCAUCAUCACCACCACCACCACCAACAACAACAACAACAACAACAACAACAUCAACAUCAACAACAACAGCAGCAGCAGCAACAAAAGCAGCAACAACUCGAGCAAAGGGACGAGAUCAAGCUCGAGCACCGGUCGCCUAUGCAAGACCAGUAUCAACAACACCAACGGCCCACGAGUCACGAGCCCGGCGAGAGGAUAACGCCUAAGAAAGAGCCGGAGGAGGCCGAGGAGCCGACGGAGGAGGAUAGCGAGGAUUUCGAAGAGACGACCAGACGGUAUUUGAAUUCACCCCAAUCCUCUGUCAAUCCACCCUCUCAACCGCAGACUUACGAAGACUGUAGCAUGGACAGUAAGAUCAGCGGCCGGCUCGAAGGCGACGCCGACAUGGAAGUAGACGAGGAGAUCGAGGAACAGCCGGAAAAUUUGUCCGGUCGGGGAACGAUUAAUCGUUUGCCGCAGCAUAUUGUCGCGUAUCCCGGGGCAUCCCCGGCGAGCAGUAGCGCGAGCAGCGGAAGCCUUCAAACAUCCUUCGCGGGGAUUCUGUUCCCAGGGCCGCCCGCGCAUCAUCAAAUCCCGCACCAUCCCGCUCCAACUACCGUGAACACGUCCGCCGUCAAUACGAGCGAGAUGAUCGAUCCGGCCAAGGAUCCAGCCAUCUAUUCCAGCCUGUUGCCACGGCCGGGCAGCAACGACAACUCGUGGGAAAGUUUGAUCGAGAUCACCAAGACCUCGGAAACGUCCAAGUUGCAGCAACUGGUGGACAACAUCGAGCACAAAUUGACCGAUCCGAACCAGUGCGUGAUUUGCCACAGAGUGCUGUCCUGCAAAAGCGCGUUGCAGAUGCAUUACAGGACCCACACGGGCGAGCGGCCGUUCAAGUGCAAGAUCUGCGGCCGGGCGUUCACCACAAAGGGUAACUUGAAGACUCACAUGGGCGUGCACAGGGCGAAGCCGCCGCUCAGGGUGUUGCAUCAGUGCCCCGUUUGCCACAAGAAAUUCACGAACGCGCUGGUGUUGCAGCAACACAUACGGCUGCACACCGGCGAGCCAACGGAGCUCAGCCCGGAGCAGAUUCAAGCCGGCGAGGUGAACGAGUUCCCGCGUUAUCCGCACCACCCGCUGGCAUCCUUCCUCCCGCAGGGCUUUCCACCCAUUCACCCUGCCGGAGCCGGCUUCCCCUUGAGUUUCCCCCCGACGCGGCAACAGGCGUUGGAAAGACAGGCUCAGGAGAACGACGUGGACGGGAAGGACGAGGCGCAGCAGCAGCACCAGCAUCAGCAUCAGCAUCAACAUCAACACCAGCAUCAGCAUCAACAUCAGCAACAGCAACAACAGCAGAGGUACACGGGGGAGGAGCACAGCGAGGAAGCGGAUGAUCAGGAUGACGAGGAGGAUGAUCGUAGGGAGGAAGACGAGAGGUGUGCCAUGAAUCGCGAUGGUCGUGGCGACGUGGAGGACGAGCAGGAUCGCGAGAGCGAGGAAAACGAGCACAAAGAGAUGUCUCUACCGAGUUUCUCCACUUCUUUGGCAGCUCUGGAGAACCAAGUUCGAACGAUCACCACGACGGCCACGUCGACGGUGGGGAACAUGGCCAGAUCGCCCCCGUUUCACCGGUACAACGGGAGCGAGAAGAGCAACAGCCCGAUGAAUUCGGGCGCCCCGUUGGACUUGACACCCCGGGCAUCGUCCACUCCCGCUUCGGUGGCUUCCGUGCCAACGCCACCUCCGCAAACCACGACCCAACACCCGCACCCGUUCGGCAUGUUCGCAGGCCUGCUGCAAGCGGUCUCAUCGUCGCCGUCUACCAGCAGCAUCGGUUCGUCGAGCAUAAACAGCGUGAGCUCGAUGAACGCCGUGACUCCUGGAAGCGGCGCCGCCGGACCCUUGGCUUCCCUGACCACGUCAGCCGUGUUGGCUGCCACGUCGACCUACAACCCGCUCGGCCUGGCUGUCGGAGGGCCAGCAGGUAGGCGCUGCUAGCAUCAGGGCGAGCUGCAGUUCCUGCUACACCUCCCGAUCGAUCUGACACGAUUCACUGAUCCUGACCAACUGCCAGUCUGACUGAUUCGUCCACCUUUAUCCAAACUCUGUAUAUCGACGUAUCCUGUUUGUGGUGUAGCCGGACCUAGCACUCCCACCUCCGCUUGACUCUUUUUAUUAUCUGUUCGAACACCUCUGUUUCGAUAUUUCUCUAUGUUUCUAUUUCUCUCUCUCUCUCUUCUCUCUCUCUCUA